UGCACCUCUACGGUUUCAGAUAGUGAAGUGAGCAAGUUUUCCGUCAUGGCUAGCGCCUGGUGGGAUCCCUCCGGUCCUACGAAGCUGCUGCAUAGAAUGAACAUUGCCAGAGUUAAAUAUAUGAGGCACAGAAUAUGCGAGGAAGCGGGAAUAAACGUCAUGAGCGCAAAACCGUUUCAAGGACUCAACUUUUUAGACGCGGGGUGCGGAGGCGGCUUGCUGACAGAAUCAUUGGCUCGUCUGGGAGGUACCGUCACCGGAAUUGACGCUUCAUAUGAAAGCAUCGUUAUUUGCAAAGACCGCUCGCAUCACGAAGAAUCUCCUGGCGAAAGAACCUAUUUGCACUCAACCAUCGGUGAAAAACUGUCAACUCAACAAAAGGCCUUGUUCGACGUUGUGUGCUGUAUGGAAGUUCUUGAACAUGUAGAUCAUGUUGAAUAUUUUUUGGAUCAACUUGUCGAUCUCACGAAGCCAGGCGGGCAUAUUUUUCUGUCGACCAUCAACAGAACCCUUCGCUCUUUCGCAAUGACCAUAUUAGUUGCCGAAUAUCUGGCGAGACUGACCCCGGUAGGAACACACGACUGGACGAAGUACAUCAAACCCCAAGAGCUGGUCUCUCUGCUCAGACGUCGCCAGUGCUAUAUUCUGGACGUCGCAGGCAUGGACUACGAACUGGACAAGGAAGCGUGGGCCCUGAACACGCGCGACGUUUCUUGUAACUACGUUAUCCACGCUCGUCGACCUCAGGAUUGAUCAAACUUCUCGCGACAAAAAAA